AUGGAUUCAUCAAGCUCCAUGGCCACGACAUUGGCGCGACCGCGAUUCGCCAUAGCCCUUGUCUCUGCUGUCGCUGCCUUGAGUAUCGGAGUAUACCUCUAUCGAGAGUCUGGUACACAAUCGACGGGCCCGACUGGCUUGCAUCGCAGUAAUGCUGUCCGCAGACGGCGACAGCCACGGCGACGUGCGGCCUCGACAGCUUCGAGCACCGAUGCGGACCCAUACGACGACGCCGACCAAGACCGCGAGAAUCGCCUCGAGAUCGACGGCCGCGAGUCCCGCGACGGCUCGGUACGGCCAUCCGCAGAUGUAGAGACCAUAGCCGAUGAGCUUGUGCCCGACUGGUGGGACGAUGCUCAGCCGCCACUGGAACGGGCCGGCCAGAACAUGGUCAGCCUGCUGUUCAGGGUCUCUGAGGACAACGCACGCCGGAAUUCCUACGUCCACAGGGGCUGCGCAUGCAACGCUUGUGGCAUAGUGCCCAUUCGUGGAGUGCGAUAUCGCUGCGCCAACUGCGCCGACUUUGACCUCUGCGAGACGUGCGAGUCGCAGGGCCUGCACAUCAAGACGCACAUCUUUUACAAGGUCAAGGUGCCUGCGCCGCCUUUUGGUCCUCGCCAGAUGCAGCCCGUCGUCUAUCCCGGCGAUCCAGACAACUGUCAGCGGGUUCUGCCUCGCGAACUGAUGAUAAAGCUCUCGAGAGAGACGGGAUUUGAGCGGCCCGAGCUUGAGACUUUCUGGGAGCAGUGGACCUUCAUCGCAAACACGGAAUGGAGGGACGACCCGGAUGACCUGUAUCUCGCCAUGGACCGCAAGACCUUUGAGCGCUGCUUGGUGCCUUCUGGAGGUUAUAGAUAUGCGUCGCCAAACCUGAUACAUGACCGCAUGUUUGCCUUUUAUGACACCAACAAAGAUGAUCUCAUUGGCUUUUCCGAGUUCCUUCACGGUCUCGCAUACAGGAAACGGCCAGAUAAGUUGAGACGCAUCUUUGAAGGCUACGACGUCGAUGGUGAUGGCUAUGUUGACAGGCGGGACUUCUUACGGUUGUUCAGAGCAUACUAUGUCUUAUUCAAACAAAUGCACAAGUAUAUUCUGGAGGGCCUCGAGGACCAGGUUCUGAGCAGCACAGAGGGCCAUCAGCUUGUUACUAGUAGACAACCGCUCAGCAGCUUCUUUGGCCGCGAGGGUCCUGUUCCUGAUGCCGACCAAGACAGGGUCAUGGAGGGCAAAGUGUUUCAUCACAACGGAGAUGUUGCUCUAGCCGGAGACAAGACCGGAGCUGUCAACGAGAGUGUACCAGAUACCUGCUCUCGUGAGGACAUCUUGGUGAAUCUUUUCAGUCGCGGUAGUCAACCGCAGCCUUUUUUCGUGGAGCCCCUGUUCUCUCCGGACGAACCUACAGGGCCUCAGUCACCGCGCGCAAGCAGCCUUGCUGAGAGGUAUCCUGACGCACUGCUCAACCCCCCUAGGAGUGUGCAGGAGCUUCAAUCUGUUAUCACUGAUGAGCCCCGGAACACGCUCGACAGCUUCCUGCAUGCUUUCGAGGAACGCGAUCGUGAAGACCAAGCUGCCGAAGGUCAAUCCGUCCCCAACGGGGAGUCAAGCAGUAGUGGACGCGUCUUUGGGAAUGGAAACAAUGCGGACAUCUUGUUGGCGUCGGCCGUCGAACCGACAAGAAUGGGGCCACUGCGAAGACUUCUUGGUGAUGACGAUGACCAGCGUCUGCACUAUUCUUAUGACCCAGAUGAACAGGAUGAGCUCUUGCGCGCGCGAAACACGAGAAGGACCAGGAUUGUUGCCCGCAAAAAGCUCAUUGAUAGGUGGAAGCGGCGCCAGUUUUAUCUAGAUGAAGAGGAGGGCGCGAGUGCUCCUGAGGGGUGGAACCCAUCGGAUGACGUUCUCGCCACGGCCGGACCCUCAGAUGAAAUAAAUACUCGGGGGAAGAACCACAAAGAGCCCAGCCGUCGGACGUUGUCCCCACGGUCGAGGUCAUCCUCCAAGGUUCGAUUUGCCGAAGACACAGACGACUACGAGAUCCGUUCGAACCCGUCGACGUCCUCCAGGAGCGUGCCUGAGCGCUGGGGUGGCAUGGAAAUCUCCGAUGCCGAGAGAGACGCAGGGAAGGAGAUACUGUAUCAGGUUACGCAACAGGCCUUCAACGAGCUUCUGGACGUGUUGUUCAAGAGAAAGGAAGAUUUGGCUGUUAGGGCCGCCGCAACACGGGCCGACCGUGAUAAAUACAGAAAGUACUUUGAGAAUGUCAGCCUAGACUCGGAGGACGGGAUAAACCAGCCUACCAAGGCAUCAUCAGAAGCUGCUGCUCGGGCGCAGACGGAGGACCAACACCAGGAGCCGGAAACGACUGCUGAUACGCCGGCAGCUACCAAUGGGCGAAUCCCUGAGCCCGUCGAAAUACAGCCUUCCAAUGAGGACACGGUGGAGCUGCAAUCGCAAGCCCUGUCGUUGAAGGAUGACGCUGCUACCGAACAAAACGGAGCUUCAAAUCCCAUCACAGACUUGCCUCACUUUGACCCCACCAUGCCUCAGUUCCGACCCAACAGCGACGCAGAUGUUGCAUAUUUCGCCCGACAAAUCGAGAGGCUCGUUCAAACCCAGCGCCACGCGGCAACCGAGGAAUCAGAGGCUGACGACAGCGGCGAGUCGACGUCAGUGGAGGAUGCUGAGUCCAUUGCACAGCGCGACAACGAGAUGGAUGAAAAUGAAGACGCGCCACCAUUCACGCAGUACGUGCUAAGGGAGUGGAAGAGGCUCGACCUGGCCGAGGAGGAGCAACGGAAGCGCGGGGGCUGGGGAAAGCUCAGUUACGAAGAGUUUGAGGAAAUAUAUCGACGUGAGGAGAGACAAUCGAGUAGGCUUGACUACCUGGGCAGCUGGAUCGACGCAGCACUACUCUAUGACCACACGACUGUCGAAGCUGAGAAAGACAUGCAAGACCCUCGUGACUGGGCGGCGAGACCAUGUCCGAUCGGGAAUUCCGACAACUAUUUGGAAUACAACGAAGAGCUUUUGGCUGCGAACAAACCAGAGUGCUACUACACGCUAGAGCGGGGCCUGGACACGACACUUGAGCAUCGUUUAAAGUCAUGGCCCUGUCACGUAUGUGAGAAGGUUGUGGGCGAUCAAGGCCUGGAUCAAGAUAGCAAAGAGAAGGACGAAAAUGAAGAUGACAAGCAAGAGAAGCAGUCCAUGUUAAACGGCCUGACUCAAUGCGGAGUGUGUAAGUCCGCAUGGUAUUGCUCCGAGAGAUGCCGCCAGAAAGACCUGCAGGUGCACGUUCUACUGUGCGACCAGUACCAGCCUUUUCAGGACUCUCAAGAGCUGGUAUUGGAUAGCCACAGGCCCGGCGAGUUUAGAUGCGUUGGCAUCGAGCUCCCCGUGAACGGCAGGUCCCCGAGGCCAAUCUGGAUUGAGUUCGGGACGGAGUUCGGCAACCGACCCCGGGAGCGCCACGGCGGGAUUGUGCGGACAACGUUUGUUUUGCAGCAGAAUCCCUCAUACGACCUCGGCAUCAAGGUCGGCGGCAUUCCUCAGUUGAUCAAGAUUCACGGGCCCUCUUGGGGCACGCGGCUCUACGUGGUGCGCCGAGAAAGCUCGUUGCUUCAUCCGGUCAACCGGUGCGUGGCGCGUCUGCUGUGGGAGCUAGCCCCUACAGCGUUCGACUCUAUGGAGGGAUUCUUAGACCCCAACGAGCACAUGCGACACGACAAACUAUUCUGGAGGGGCCCGAUUGUGCUGUUUCGACGGACCGAGAUGUUCUUCUCGAUGAAUGCGGCGAAUGUUGGGGGGCCGCUCGGCGGACGUGAGCUCCGGUCGCUCGAGAUGAAGAAGAUGGAGGAUAUGACGCUUGCCGAUCUGAGCUGGGCUCUCGAGUAUCUGGCGUGGAGGCAAGUGGUGGUGGCGGAGCACCCAGAGACGGCUAACCUGAUGCCGGAGAACUGGUCACAGUGGAUACGGACCAUUUCGGAUGGGGCAGAGCUGGAAGAGGUGGACGAGUGA